CAAUGGCGGCUCCUUUGAAAAACAUGUGAGAAUCGAACAGAGCGGUUUUGGGGUUUUCUAGAUUCAUCUGUUAACAUGGAGACGUUGGAUUGUUGGUAUAGACGAGAGGUGUACAGUUGGCGGACAGGAGCUGCUGUGGGGUGGACCCUGCUGCUACAGCCUUGUUUACUGGCUGUGUACCUCAUCUUCUGUAGCAUGGAUGUGUUUCACCCUAUAUCAUGGAUAGCAGGUUCCAUUUCAAUGAUGUUUUCCACACAUUACAUGUUUCUGUUGGCGGUGCUGACACUUGUGGCUGGAGUGCUGGGCAUACUGACAUCCUCAUCUUACACAGUGAUACCUGAUAUCCCUUUGACUCGCCUACAUGGCCUGGUCCAGCUACUGCUGCCAGCACGCCUACUGCGAUGUCUGAUGUACCUUGUGUCGGGGGCGGUAACAGCCUGGGUGUGCACUGCCUGUAUCGGCGACCGCUACACUACCCUCAUCAUCAAAUCAGAUGAUACGGAGAGGGAGGUGUAUUACCUGAACGAGUACCAUCUGUUCCUGGUAGUGUAUGGUAUGUACAGUGGGGUCCUGUACAACAUCACCAUGUACAUACACCAGAACAACCUCAUACAGUUCCCAGUCCUUGAGCAAGCCAAGUUUUUCCAAGUGAGAAGUCGACUCUUCAAUGAACUCCUGAAGUCCGUUUCUUAUUCCCUGUGGCAUACAGUGUACUUCUACCCAGUCUACUGGAUGUUUGGUCACAUCCCAAAAGACUUUGUUUUACAACACACAUCAGUGUUAGGGUCUGACACCCCUCUGAACUCUGUGUGGGGUCUCCUCGACGUGUGUCUCUUGUACCAGACACUCCUGUGUGGUGUGUUUCUCUACUUCACCUGGACCGUUAGCAGUGUGCUCUACAAGAUAUACAACACAGAGCACUUCCCAUUUCCUGUGGAGGUUGUAUUUGAUGAUCAGAAAAAUAAAUGCCUGGUUGAUGCACUGGCAUGUAAAACUAACAGUUUACUUCAGUGUCUAGGAUUCUAUGAUGUUUGCCUCUUGUCCAAGACAUCGGGUGUGAGGAGGAGUGUGGUGUUUAGUCUCAGCCAGCCAGGUGGCCAUCCCCACAACUGGAACAAGUUAUAUUCAGCUUGUGUGGCGGAGGUCAAUGCCCUCAACCAAAAAGUACAGGAAGCCAACUGGAAAGUGUUUGCUAGUGUUCCCGUGAGACAAGCUAGUGGUGAGAAAAACAUGCCUCCAGCAUCAACAGGGGAGAGAACCACCACAACCUUGACCCACCGAGGCUCUACAAACACGGAGGAUGGUAACCCUAGUAAGCCUGUUGAUAAGCCAGCCUCUAACCUACAGACUUUCAAGGAUUUGACACUGGUGUAUCUAAAGAAGAAACCAGUAUUCAGUUAUUUCUUGUCAGAGUUGCCCGAUUCCAAAAGUAGAAAGCUUUUUGCAACGUGUCAAGUACAAGUUUGGGCUGUUGAAGCCUUGUCCAACUUUGCCACAGCCUCUUAUACUGAUGACAAGUAUGGAGUUGUUCAGCGGUCCUUACCAGAAAUCAUAACUGCAGUUGUCAAUUUACAGGAGAAUGUUGAAAAACAUUUCAAACUGGCAACAACAAUGAGUCGCCGGAAUCAAAAAGACUUGGGAUUUAAUGACACACAGCUGGGAUAUCUGCUUCAGACAACGCUGAAAAGUUCCAUGUAUAAAAUUGUCAACACUUUUGGAAAACACAUAUUGAGCCUCAAUCUUUCUUCAGAAUGUGUGAGAAAGCUGAAAUUAUUUAUGGACUACAAGGAAUGAAUUGAAACUUUUGUAAAUGUCCUGCUAACGCAGAGUUAUUGAAUCUUGACAAGACUUUGAAAUGUGUGUGUGUACGGAGAUGCUGCAGCCUGUACUUGCUCACCAGUACAUGUUGGAUAAGGCAAACUGAAAUGUAUGUCUAUGUGUUGUGGUUAUGUUUCUGGAUAUUGUAUAAAAGUGCUAUGGACAAGUUUACUCGGGGAGAUGGUAUUCAGCCUUUCACCUAUAGGUGGUUCUUGUGACGGAUGUAGACUGAGUUCAGAAUACGGUGCCGUUUUCAGUGAGAUGUCUUGACUUUAAAUAAAAUUGUGUUAAAUGGAACUAAAUGUGGAUGCUAUUUCUUGUUUCCUCACAUUAAGGCACCAUGGACAACUGUGCUUUUCCUCAAUCUCCUGUAUCGAAAUCCAUCGAGAAGAUCAGAUGUGAUGUAGUUUUUUUGCUGGUGCUGCUUUAAAAUGUGCCUGAUGCUACAAGUGAUAAUUGAUAAAGAAAGUCUUGAAGUGAAAGCUACAUCAAUUGUGAGAACAAUGCAUAAACUUGUGUGAAAUAUUGAUGUUUUCUAUGGUAGAUUUAAAAUGAAGGAAGUUUUGCAAAUGGAUCAUUCCUUAGUCAAAAUAAUAUAUUUCAUAUUUAGGGUGCUGCAUAAAGAUUAAGAAAAUUAGCAGGAAUGUAAUGUAUAUUUGCCAGAUUCAUCGAGUCACUGCUUUGUAUGUUUUUACUUAGCAGUGACUCGAUGAAUCUUGCAAAUAUAGGAAAAUUAUAUUAGUGACGUUUGGUGUGAAGUUGCUGUAUUGGAGGACAAUUGAACAACAGACAUUGCAUCUUGAAAUUAAUCAUGUAUUAAAUUUUCUACAAUUGA